UACACCACUGAUUGGCCAGCUUUUCAAAGUCUUUCUUUCAUGAAGACUUUUCAGUCUCCUACUUUUAUUACAUCGUUUCAUCUUUACAAACUGUUGCAUGGAAUGGUGUGGUAAACAAACUGGAAGCAGAUAGUAUGAUGAACAAAGAAAAACUCAAAAAGGUUGGUUCAUUUUGAUGCAAUUUACUGAAGGCCAUCUCCACAGAUCUUCUCCAAAAAAAAAAAAAAAAGGACUGCAAAAAGCAUUGUGGCAAAUGGUGAACUAGAGGCCAGUAAACAUCAGUAUCUUCUUCACUCAUUCCUACCAUAGCAAUUCUCUCAAGGUGAAGCAUCACGCACAUCCAUCACCGUGAGCCUCUUUUAAAUUUCUCUUCUCUUCUCAUCUUUUUCUCUUUCUUUGAUUUUUUAAAGUUAGAUUUUAGAGUGAAAUGAAACGAAAUACAUAAAAUUAAAUAACUGAAAUAAAUUUCUUUCAAACGUAAAGAGUGCAUUUGUAUUCUUUAUUAUCUCCAUUAAUCUUGUUAUUUGUCAUUUAUUUAACUACGGAAGUUCCCAAAAAGACAUUUUUGUUGGGAUUCGGUGUUGGGUAUGUACAAGUCAUUUGCUUAUCUUUGUAGGCCUUAACUUUAAAGAUAUUGGUUCAGAAAUCAAAAAGAAAAGACAUUGGAUUCGAACAUUUUGAGUUUCAGGAAAGCAUGAAAAUCAUCGUACUUUUGGGGGUAUUCGUCCUCGGUUGCUACCUAUUUGCCAGAUGGUGCCGGCGGCGCGAUGUUGAAGUUGCCACACAACCGCCACCUUCAACCACCAGUCAUAAAGAAGAGACUCCAAUGACUUCCACAUCUUCUUCUUCUACUCACUGGUGGGAGUAUGAUGUCUUCUUGAGUUUUAGAGGUGAAGAUACUCGCCGCAGUUUUACGGGCCAUUUAUAUAAAGCUUUGUGUGACAAAGACAUUUACACCUUCAUAGACGAUAAACUUCGGAGGGGAGAAGAAAUUUCAAAGGAACUUUGCAAAACCAUCGAAAGGUCAAGGAUUUCGGUUGUUGUGUUUUCUGAAAAUUAUGCAUCUUCCAAGUGGUGUUUGGACGAACUUGUUUGGAUUCUUUACUGGAGGAAAAAUCUUGACCAAUUAGUUUUACCAGUUUUUUAUGGAAUAGAUCCAUCAGAAGUACGUAAGCAAGAGGGAAAGUUUGGGGUAGAAUUGGCUGAACAUGAAAAAAAUUUCAAAGAUAACAUUGGCAAGGUGCAGAGUUGGAGGGCAGCUCUAAAUGAAGUUGGCAAUUUGUCUGGAUUCCAUUACAAUAACAAUUGUCUUGAAUCACAGUUUAUCCAGGAAAUUAUCGAAAGGAUAUCAAGUAAAAUAUUAUGCCGCACACAUUUAUUUGUUGCUCAAUACCCUAUUGGAGUAAAUUCUCGUGCAACAGAAAUAGAAAAGCUUUUAAAUAUUGAGUCAAACGAUAUUCGAAUGGUGGCAAUCCAUGGCCUUGGGGGAAUAGGUAAGACUACAAUUGCAAGAGCUGUAUAUAACAAAAUUGUUGAUGACUUUGAAGAAAGUUUCUUUCUAGACAAUGUUAAAGAAAGGUCUGGGACAAUUGAUGGCAUAAUCCGACUACAGGAGAUACUUCUUUCUAAGUUCUUAAGAGAUGGAAAUUUAAAGGGAGACAACAUAUCUAGAGGAAUCACUAUGAUAAUGGAAAGACUUUGCCAUAAAAAAGUUUUUUUAGUUCUUGAUGAUGUGGAUAAACGGAAGCAAAUAGAAAAUUUGCUUGGAAAAUGUAAUUGGUUAGCUCCUGGAAGUAGAAUCCUUAUAAUUACAAGAGAUAAAGAUGUGUUAACCGCUCUCGUCCAAGAUUCUCUAAUCUAUAAGGUUGUUGGAAUGAACCAACAUGAAGCUCUUGAACUUUUUAGUUUGUAUGCCUUCCAAAAAAUUGAACCUAAGGAUGGUUACUUGCAACUUUCAAAGCAGAUUAUCGAUUAUGCAAAUGGCCUUCCACUUGCUUUAAGAAUAAUAGGUUCUGAUUUGUAUGGAAAAGAUUUCUGUUAUUGGGAAAGUGCAUUAAAGAAGUAUAAAAAGAUUCCCAACAAGGAAAUUCUAAAAAUACUUCAAAUAAGUUACAAAGAAUUGGACCAAAUUGAAAAAGAUAUUUUCCUUGACAUUGCAUUUUUCUUCAACGGGAAAAAGAAAGAUUAUGUUGUAAAGAUAUUAGAGGCAUGCCAUUUAGAACCAAAUUAUGGUAUGUCAAAACUUAUUGACUAGUGUUUGAUAACUAUUGAUUGGUUGGGCAAUUUAUCAAUGCAUAACUUGCUACAACAAAUGGGAGAGGAAAUUGUUCGACAAGAAUCACCACAAGCGCCUGGAAAACGAAGUAGGCUACGAGAUUAUGCGAGUGCUUCUACUGUACUAACAGCAAAUACAGGAACGAAUAAAAUUCGAGGCUUAAUGUUGUACCCGCCUAAACCUGUAACAUUGAAACUUCAUGCUCAAGCUUUCAAAAAGAUGCAAACUAUCAAGUUUCUUAUAGUUAAAAAUGUGCACAUUCAUGGAUGUCUGGAAUAUCUCCCCAACAAUAUAGUGUUGCUGGAUUGGGCUAAUUGUUCUGUUUCCUUGCCAUCCGAUUUUUGUCCUCAACAGCUUGUCUGCCUCAACAUGCCACAUUGUAACAUUAGAAUACAUAAGUUAUUCAAGCAGGUGUUGCCUUUUGAAAAUAUGAAAGAAGUCUGUCUCAGGGGUUGUGAAUCCAUCCAGAAAUUACCUGAGUUAUGGGCUCCAAAUUUAGAGAUAUUAGACCUUUCUUAUUGUACAAAUUUAGUUGAGAUUCAUGAGCCUUUUAGAUUUCUUGAUAACCUUAAAGAUUGGGACCUUGCUAAUUGCCAAAAACUUCGAGCUCUUCCUAGAAGACUUGAGUUGAAAUCUCUUGAAGAUUUUUGUCUUUAUUCCUGUGAGUCCAUUGAAGAAUUACCUGAGUUGUGUGCCCCAAAUUUAGAGACAUUAAAUCUUUUUUCUUGUGAAAAUUUAGUUAAAGUUCAUGAGUCUAUUGGAUAUCUUGAUAAACUUAAAUAUUGGUCUCUCAGAAAUUGUGGAAAACUUCAAACUCUUCCAAGAAGACUUCCGUUGAAAUCUCUUGAAGAAUUUGAUCUUAGUCACUGCACAAGCCUUGAGAACUUCCCUGAUAUUGAUUCAGAAAUGAAAUGCUUAUUUGAAUGUGUCAUUUUCGUUCCCUAUUGACCCCGAGGUCCACCCUUUAAUACCACUUCCUUAUUCCUCAAAUAUGGAUCAUGAGGCUUUCAAAACUGUAAGUGAUUUGGGGCAUUUGAAGGACUUUCGCAAUGAUGGGUAUGAUUUGAGCUUGUCACUAAAUGACUCAGAUGCAAGUGAACGAGAGCCUCCUCAGGUACCUGAUACAUUUAAUGGGUCUAAUUUUGGAUCGGGCCAGAUAGAUUUGGUUGGCUCAACUGUUAGUGGUGGGUUUGAUUUGGGUUCGUCUUCAGUGACCCAUGAAUUUGUGAAUGAUGACUUUGAUUUGUAUUUGUCUCCACCCUCGAAGAAAAAGAGGACAUCUUGAUCUAGCUUUGAAGAAUUAUGCCUCUCUUCCUUCCCCCUGAUUCCCAUCUCCUCCAACUCCAAGUUAGUUCCCUUCACUUUUAUUGAAUCACUCUGCGUCAUCCCUCGUCAAGCAAUAAAUCCCAAUGGAAGAAAGCAAUAACAGAUUUUCAUGUUGUUUGAACCCAUAACCUGCAUUAACAUCGAAUACAUCUGAGUCUAUUAGCCUUUGCUGUUUCAAGAUGCUAUUGUAAAUGGGAGGCAACCUUACUGGGUCAUCUACCAUGAGCUGGUGAUGACUACAAAGGAGUACACGCGAGAGGUCAUGGUUAUAGAUCCUAAAUGGCUUGUGGAAAUGGCGCCUAGAUUUUUCACGGUGGCAGAUUCUACAAAGCUGAGCAAGUGAAAACGACAAGAAAGGAUUGAGCCACUUUAUGACAAACAUCACGAGCCGAAUUCUUGGCGUUUGAGUAAACGCCGUGCUUGAGAUGUCUCAAUGUCAUUCAUUUUGAUUAUGAGUAUUGCUGUAAAUCAGAAUGGUGUUGUUUGCAUGGUUGUCCCUUGUUAUUUGAUGUGGUUCAUUCAGCAGGAGAGAAAUAACUGGGACUUUGAGGAUUCAGAAAAAACUAUUUCAGAUCUUAAACUAUCCUUUUUAAGACUCUUUAGGACUAGGUUGUAGUGUUAGGUUUUCGUUCUUUUGUUUCAGUUCAUGGUUUAAUGGACUUUUGUACUUUAUGUGCUUGAUUUUAUUGUAAAAGGGAGUUGCUAGUUCUAUUCAGAUUAUUGUUACACUACAAGAAUUUUAUUGUAUUAUUAUUGUUACACUACAUGAACUUCAUUAUAAAAGGGAGCUCCUCGUUCUAUUCA